AGUUAAUGAGCUGCUGUUGGAGAGACUGAGAGCACUACGAAGGGAAGUGAGGACUUCACAGUAGGCGGCAGCACAGGGCUUCUUUUCCUGCACAGAAAGCGAAGCAUCUCAAUCCCAUCAUUAUAACUCACUCUUUUCCACAUUUAUUUCUUUCUCAUUCCCCUCUUGACCCUUCUCAAUUGCACAUAAUUUCAACAAAGUGAAUACAACUUGAACAAAAACAGAGGAAAACAGAACUGAUACCAAUAUGGAGUUCAACCUUGAGGACCCGUUUACAUGUUUGAAUCAACACGAAUUUGACUCAAUCACAGCUCUCUUCUCUGCAGAAUUUGAUCAUAUGUCUUCGCAUGGCUUCGCGCAAUCUUUAAAGACCAGUGACAUCCUUGCCUCAUUUCGUCAAGAGGCCAUUGCUCUCUUUUUUCAGAUGCAGUAUUCUUGCAAUUUUGAUCCAUUCACAACCUACCUAGCUGUUAACUACAUGGACCGGUUCAUAUCCAGAAAAGAUAUUGCGCAAUGUAAGCCAUGGAUUUUAAGGCUUCUGGUCAUAUCUUGCCUUUCUCUUGCUGCAAAGAUGAGGGAAAAAGACUUUUCUUCCUUGGAUUUCCAGAAAGAAGGAUUCAUCUUUGAUAUCCAAACAAUUCAACGGAUGGAGCUUCUCAUUCUUGAUGCUUUGAAUUGGAGAAUGAGGUCGAUAACGCCAUUCUCCUUUCUGUGUUUCUUCAUGUCAUUAUUCAAACUCAAAGAUCCACCAUUCACACAAGCUCUCAAAGCUCGAGCUACAAGCAUCAUUUUCAAAACUCAAAUGGAAAUCAAUCUGUUUGCCUUCAAGCCAUCGACAAUGGCAGCAUCAGCCCUUCUUUUAGCAUCCCAUGACUUAUUUCCGUUGCAGUUUCCAUCUUUCAAAUCUUCAAUUUUUUCAUGUGAAUAUGUAUAUAAGGAAAACCUGUUAACUUGCUUUAAUGCAAUGCAAGAGAUGGUGAUUAAUGAAGGAAACGAGUCAGCACUGGAUUCGGUUUCGAGUACAGGAACCCCAUUAAGUAUUUUGGAAUGGCCUUGCAGAAAGGCAGAGAGCCAGAGCACCACAACCACCACCUCUGCCACUGUAAUGCCAGGGAACAGAGAAAGCAAGCAACGUAAAAUUAAUGGUUUUUGCAGUGAAAGUAAUCGGGUCCAGACUUCGCAGAUUCAACAGUGAUGAUAAGAUUGAGAUAAAAAUUGGUCCAAUAUUUGGAACCACAAAAAUUUACCUUGUCCCUCGAUUUGUAUUUGCAUCUUUUUUUGACUCAAAAUGUAAAAGAAAAUUCCCAAAAAAAAACCAUAAUAAGACUUGGAGAAGAAAUAAAAAAGGAAAACGGAA